AUGCCGAAGAAAGUGCUUGUUCCUGUGGCCGAUGGCUCGGAAGACAUUGAACUCUCCUGCAUCACCGAUAUUUUGCGCCGAGCGGACUUUGAAGUGACAGUGUCUACCGUCAUGGAUCACCAAACUGUUCAGCUUGCCAGGGGUCUGAAGCUAACCCCAGACUCGAAUAUCAAGGACGAGUCAGCUGCUGCGUACGACGGGGUGUUCCUCCCUGGUGGACUUCCUGGUGCUGAUCACUUUGCCAAGAGUUCGCACCUCAAAAAAAUCAUGGUGGAAAUGCACUCACAGGGGAAGUGGUACGGCGCCAUUUGCGCUUCCCCCGCUGUUGUCCUUGGCUCUAUGGGUUUGCUGGAGGGUGUGAAGACGGCCACCUGCUACCCUGCAAUGAAGGAAAGGCUUCCUUCAGCUGUGCGGUGGUCUGCAGAUCCCGUGGUUCGGUGUGGGAAGUGUUUGACAAGCAUGGGGCCAGGCACAGCCAUCGCGUUUGGGCUUGCUAUUGUUGCCGCCCUUUCGACGAAGGAUCACGCGCAACAGCUGGCGAAGGACUUGCUCGUUUACGGGACUCCUGAAGUGGAAAAAACACUUGGCCAAUUCUGA